UCCCAAUAAAAAAAAUCGGCGAUAGAUUAUUAGGGUUUGUGUGAAAUUGUUGAGUCUCUUGUCUUAGUCUAAUAAACAACACAGGGACGCAGAGCCUUCGAUCCAGAAACCAUGACUAAGAGAACGAAGAAGGCAGGCAUUGUCGGAAAAUAUGGUACCCGAUAUGGUGCUAGUUUGCGGAAGCAGAUUAAGAAGAUGGAAGUUAGUCAGCAUAGCAAAUUCUUUUGUGAAUUUUGUGGGAAGUAUGCUGUGAAGAGGAAGGCUGUGGGAAUAUGGGGAUGCAAGGAUUGUGGUAAAGUGAAAGCUGGCGGUGCCUACACUUUGAAUACUGCAAGUGCUGUCACUGUGCGCAGCACCAUCCGGAGGUUGAGGGAACAAACCGAGGGUUGAGCUUUUUGGUUGAUGUUAGAUUUUGAGCAAAUUAACUGGAGAAAUGAUUCGUUUUUGUUUAGGAAGCUGUAUUGUUUCAACUUACAAUGCAGUGUGAAUUGCUUUCUGUUCUUGUUGGAUAAUACCAGAUUACCUUAGUAUAAUGGCAUGUAACUGUUUUUUGUUUUUUAUGGCAAAAUUUAGCUUUAUCCA